AUGAGCGACCCAACAGAAGAGAGAGAACAUUGGAAGUCCGUCAUACGGGCCUUUGAUGGGUACAUGAGGUAUCAUCUCUCGGCCAACCAUGCGAGACGGAUGAAUUUCCUAUCGUUGGAUAAAGAGUCGAAAGAGAUGUUCGACGGGAUAGGGUUCAGGGAGAAGUUGGAUGCGGUAGAUGAAGGUAUAAGGAGAAACGCCGAAUUUAUCGGAGAGAUGAUAGCUACACCCGUAUUCGCAGACAUGUUAGAAGCAGACGAAGCUGAGCAUCACCACCAUCACUCAAAUUCAAAUGAUCACCAUGAGGAUCACAGCCAUGGUCACUCACAUUCCCACGGUAAUGGAAACAGCAAUAGCAAUGGGAAUGGGAACGGACACGAUCACACCGAUCACAAGAAACAACAACAAGAAUCCGAUCUGUCUCAAGAUAAAAUUCGAUCUACUUUACGCUCGUUCGUGAGGGAUUGGGCUAUCGAAGGACGAAGAGAGCGAAAGGCAUGUUAUGAUCCCUGUCUGGAGGCUUUAGAGAGGUAUUAUCCAUUACCUGAAUCGGAGGAGGAAAGUGUCGCUGAAAUAUUGGGCGAGUCGGAUGGGGACGGGAAAAGAAGUAUAGAAAGGGAUAGGGGGUCUAUAAGAGUUCUAGUCCCUGGAUGUGGAUUGGGUAGACUAGCUAUGGAGAUCGCUGCCAGAGGUUUUGCCUCUCAAGGUAACGAAUUCAGCUCGUACAUGCUCAUAGCGUCCGAUUGGGUGUUGAACCACACAACACACCGUCAUUCGCAUACCAUUUACCCAUACCUUCAUUCCUUCUCCAACCACCUCUCAACGAUGCACAACCUACUCCUCCGAGUUCAGAUACCCGAUAUUUGUCCCUCAGACGUACUGGGUAACGGACAGGGAGGGGCGUUCUCAUUGGUGGCCGGCGACUUCGAAGAGAUAUACGGCCCGUGUUCAUGGGAAUUACCACCUGCUCCCACGACUGAGGAAGGGUGGGAAGAUAUUGAGGGUGAUGGUCAGGUAUGUCAGAAAGGUAGAUGGGGUGCGGUGGUGACUUGUUUCUUUAUCGAUUGUGCCAGAAACGUCUUGAAUUACCUGCGUACAAUACAUACCAUCCUGGCAGAUGACGGAGUAUGGAUUAACAUCGGCCCGUUGUUGUGGCAUUUCGAAAAUUCGCCUAAGAAAGGUCCAAAGGGUGAAGGUAGUAUUGAACUGAGUUUGGACGAGGUGAAGGAGUUAGCCAGGGAGGUUGGAUUCGAUAUAAAGGAAGAAAAAAUGAUCAAUACCACUUAUACCGGUAUACCGGACGGUAUGCUGAAACAUGAAUAUAACGCCGCAUUCUGGGUAGCCACUAAACGAAAAUAG